GCGGCCGCGCCGCCCCGGCCGCACUUUGUUGUCUCGGCCGCAGCAGCGUGGGCCCGGCGGGCAGGAUGUCCCAGGAGAGCCUCCUCGGGAUGGACGAGGGAGCGCUGCGGAAGCUAUUGGAGGCCACCCUGGACCUGGCUGAGCGGCGCCGCAUCCGCUCGGCCAUCCGGGAGCUGCAGCGGCAGGAGCUGGAGCGGGACGAGGAGACCUUGGCAUCCAAGCGCUUCCGCCCAGAACGCAGCAGCCACCGACAGGAUGACAAGGAGAAUUGGCCACAGUCCCGGCGCCUGGAAGAGGAGCAGCAGGCAGCCCUGACUGCCUUGUCUGAGCAGCUCGAAGCCAUCACCAGCGUGGAGGAACUGACAAAACUGCUGCGGGCAGCGGGUGAGUAUGAGGAGCGCAAGCUGAUCCGAGCUGCCAUCCGUAAGCUGCGGGCUGAGGAGAUUGAAGCUGCGGCCCUGGCUGGAAAUGUGCAGAGUAGCCAGAGGGACGGCAGCAAGAUUCCCCCCACUGUGCCUGGGGAAAUGAAAAUUGCCCAGAGGGACAGUGCUGAAACACCAGCCCUUACUGGGAAUGAAGAGAGCUGUGGUGAGCGCAGCACCAAACUUCCAGGCACAGACAAGAGCGGGGAGAGCAGCCAGCAGGAUGAUGCAGAGCCAGCACUGGCUGGGCCAGAGGAGAGUGGGUACAGGGAGGCUGUGGAGCAGCCCCCUGCCCAGGAGCCCAAAGGCUCAGUGGCCCACAAGCAAGAGGAUGUGGUGGAGCAGGAGCAUGUCCCAGCUGGGAGGCAGGAGCUGUGCAGCCAGCAAGCUGGAGAUCUCCAGAAACCCAGUGCUCAGGGGACCCUUGUGCUCCUGGAGCUGCGGCCAACCCCAGAGCCCAAUCCAGAGACUGAGGAUGGUGGUGAGGACCUGCAGCAGGGCCUGGGGCAGCCCCAGGCAGCCUGGAAAGAAGGGAACCUGGACAGUCCUGCCAGCACCCCAGAGCCCAGUGUGGCACAAAGCCCCAGAGGGGAGCAACUCAUCCCAGCCCAGCCCAGUGCUGGCAGCCAGCUUCCUGUUGGGGUGCACUGCCAGGUGCUGGGGCCAGGUGGGAGUCACGAGAGGCCAUCAGUGGCAUCAGUGCCCACUCAGGAGGUAAUGGGGACCCCGGCUCGCUUGAAUACUCACCAGUGGGAGCUGGCGUCCUCCUCCCUUUGCCUUGCUGGCCCCACGGCGCCGCGCCCCGCCGGACCCCCGCCCGCCGCCGCCGCCGCCGCCGGCUCGGUGCGGGAGCGCGCGCAGCGCUUCGGGCCGGCGGGGGCGGGCGGCGCGGGGGGGCGGGCCGGGCCCGGGGCCGCCCAGCGGCAGAGGGGGCCCCGCACGGCCCCGCCGCCGCCCGCUCAAAACGCGCGGGGCAGCGGCGGCGCGGAGCAGCGCCCGGGCCCGCGCCCCGCCGGAUCCCGCCUCGACGCCAUGAAGACCUUCUUCACCAUCGAGAUCAAGGAUGGGCGCGUGCAGCCCCUGGCGCCCCGCAUCACGGCCGCCCCCGGCAGCCAGCGGGCAGAGGUGACUCUGGGUCUGCGGAGCACCCCUAUCCGUAUCACCACCAUCCCCAGCAGUGUCAGCAGCAUCUGCAACAUCAGCAGUGUCAGCAGCAAUGUCACCAAGGACCCUUGCGCCCACUUUGAGGGCACUGAGGAGCCCAGUGGCCCUGUGGCCCAUCCACCCACUUUCUCCAGUACGCGCCAGCAAUCGGCCCUGCAUCUCUCCCGAAGCAACAGCAGCAUGGAGCCGGAGGUGGUGGAGCAGCACCAGGCACCAAGGCGGGAACCAGAGCUGCCCAAUGGCAUGGAGAAGGUGCAAGUGAGGGAGGUGGAGAGAAGGAGCAAGCUGGAUGUCGAGGAGCUGAGCAAGAUUGAGGAUGAGGAUGUUCUGGAUAAGAUGCUGGAUCAGACAACAGACUUUGAGGAGCGACGGCUGAUUCGAAAUGCCAUGCGGGAGCUGCGCCAGCGCAAGAGAGACCAGCGGGAGAAGGAGCGAGACCAGCGGCUGCAGGAGGCGAGGAGCCAAUCUGUGGCAGGAAGGGCUGGCCACGCCACAGAGACCACCACCAGGCAGAGCACUCAGUCAGCCGAUGGCUCGGCACGCAGCACCAUCACCAAGACUGAGCGUCUCGUCCAGUCUAGUGAUGGCACCAAGACCUCCCGUACUACAACCAUGGAGUCGAGUUAUGUGAAGAGAUCAGACAAUGGCAACAGCACUUUCGUUCAAACCAAAUCAUCCUACAGCUCCUCAUCCAAAAAGACAGGCAGCGUUUUUGACCGUGAGGAUGGGAGUGCUUCUCGACAGAGCAGCCUAGCUGCACUGGAGCGGCGUCAGGCGGAGAAGAAGAAGGAACUGAUGAAGGCUCAGAGCCUGCCCAAGACAUCAGCCUCACAAGCACGCAAGGCCAUGAUGGAGAAGCUGCAAAAAGAGAGUGGGAGUUCAAACCCUGCAGCAUCACAGACCACCGUGCAGCGCUCCUCCAGCUUUGGCGUGCCAAAUGCCAACAGUAUCAAACAGAUGUUGCUGGACUGGUGCAGAGCCAAGACCCGGGGCUAUGAGCAUGUGGAUAUCCAGAACUUCUCAUCCAGCUGGAGUGAUGGCAUGGCCUUCUGUGCUUUGGUCCACAAUUUCUUCCCUGAUGCAUUUGACUACAGUAAGCUGACACCCCAGAACCGCCGCCAAAACUUCGAGGUGGCCUUCUCUUCUGCAGAGACGCUGGUGGACUGCGUGCCGCUGGUGGAGGUCGAAGACAUGAUGAUCAUGGGGAAGAAGCCUGACGCCAAGUGCGUCUUCACCUACGUGCAGUCACUCUAUAACCACCUGCGUCGCCACGAGUUACGCAUGCGGCAGAAAGAGUGCUAGAGCCUGCCCUGCCCGCCCCACUGCUGCCCUUGCCCCAGAGCUGCCUUCGGGCAGGAGAGCUGCUUGCCUGGGAGGGUCUGGGGGCCAUGGGUCUGGCACUGGGGACAGGAGAACUCUUCCACCAGGGUACCCCCACACCUCUGCCUUGGCCAGCUGUGGGCAGAGCCAAGUGGGUGCUGCUGGGGGUGCUCCCACCUUGGCUUGCCCCCCAUGCCCCAGCCUUUUAAGUUAUUUGUUCUCCAGGAAUUAUCUGCCCUACAGGCACCAUCCUUGUGUCCCUGGGGUGGCCUGGGUAGAGCUGUGCAGUCCAGCCAGGGUCAUGGUACAUCCAGCAGACAACAUCCAUCAGUGGUUCCCUUGGCUCUCUGCAAGGCAGCCUCUCUGCCCACUGCAGGUCUUACUUGGUGUCACCUCCCUGGGGACAGCUCCACGACCAUGCCGACACCCUGCUUCCCACUUCCACGUGCACCUGGGGCACUUCCACAUUGGGAGCACCUGUGGGCUGGGGAGGGGGCAGUGGCAAGGGGUCCCAGGGGAGUGCAAAGCAAAGAGAGCAAGUUGGGACAACUGCCCCCACUCUUCUCUCCAGCUCAGGGCACCUGCGUGCUCAGCGCUGCUCGUCCCUGUGUCACGUCUCUACACCCGCGCUGACACGUGUACCAACACCAGCCAGAUAAUAAAGGUUUACCUAGG